GUUUCGGAGCACCCAGUUGAGCUGGUGGAACAGUGAAAUAAAGUGAAUGGGAGCCAGUGCUGGAAUAACUAUUCAACGGAACAGUAAAGUUUUUAUAGACAAUGACCGGCAGUGAGAACUUUACAGCGCCAGGAGUGUCCCAGGAAGAACAAGCUCAUAACAAUCUGAUGAUGGUGGUGGCCACCUUGACUUGGCUGAUGCUCAGCUGCUUAACGCUCCUCAUUUACUGCUGCAAUUACUGGCAAAUCUUGAGGCCCCAUUCGAGGCCAAGAAACCAAGAGGCAUCCGAGGCGCAGCAGAGCACGCUGCUAUCAGUGGAAGAUUAGCCGGGAAAUGCAAGGAAACUCAUAUCAAAGAACGAAGGAUGGAGGGACAGAA